AUGCUUUCUUCUGCUUCGACUACACCAGCCGCAGCAGAAGACCCUUCUGCCAAGAGAUCAGAGUCUACCGAUAAUACAGAUACCCAAGUGAUUUCGAAAUUAACAAAUGUCGAUGGUGGAUUUCAAUGUCUAUUAGAUAAAGUCAAGCACGAUAUGCAAGCAGCCAAAGAUGUAGCCACGUUUCUGAAAAAGAGAGCCAUCAUUGAGGAAGAGUAUGGCAAACAAAUGAUCAAGUUGGCUCAAUCCAUGACCGAAUUAUACGAUAAAAGCCAUUGCAAGCCAAGCACUUAUGGCACAGUGUGGACUCAAUUCCUCAAAGUGCAUGAAACCAUUGGAGAUCAGCGAGUGAAAUUUUCAAGUGAUAUUGCAGAGGUAGCUGACGACGUGCAGAUCAUGUGUAAAGAUACCGAAAAGAGCAGAAAGCAAGUAAAGGAAAUAGGGAUCCGACAUGAACGAAAUCGUCUAGACGCUGAAAGCUCAUUAGAAAAGAGCAAACAAAAGUAUGACAUGUUGAGUGAAGAUUGGGAAAGAGCGAUAUUAGCGAGAAAUAGUAACGAUUCAGACCAUUUACCAAAGAAAGGUGGGCUUUUUAAAAGCAACAAGACACCAGCCCAACUAAAGAAACAAGUGGAUGAAUCAUGCGUCAAAGCGAAUCAUGCUCAAACAACUUACAAAAAUCAACUCGUAACAACCAAUGCAACUCGACAAGACUACUACCAAACACAACUCCCCUCUGAUCUAGUAACAUUAAAAAGUGUGGAUGAUGAAUGCUGCACAGCGAUUCGAUACCAAUUGGCUCGUUAUGCCUACCUAUUUGAGGAAUCGCUUACCAGGGAUGGAUUAGCGCUGGACAAUGAUGAGGGACAAGGCUUGCGAUCCUUGACAGAAAAGAUCGAUUAUCAAACAGACAUUUCAGAGGUGGUCAAGGAAUACACUAGCAAGGCACACAAAGUGAAGAAAGAAGAUAUACCCUAUAAAGAAUAUCCCAUGUCAGCUACUGCAUUGAACGUAUUAAAGCCGAACCCUGUGUUUGGUGUGGAUUUGACACAACUGAUGCAAAGAGACGGUCAAGAGGUCCCUGCUGUGGUCAUUAAAUGUGCAGAGGCGGUGGAAGCCACUGGACUCAAGACAGUGGGGCUGUAUCGUGUGUCAGGUACCAGUACGCAAAUUCAGCGAUUGAAGAGUGCGUUUGAUAGAAAUUGCGCUGCCGUGGAUUUGACGUCUGAUGAAAACAAUGCCGAUGUCAACAAUAUCACCAGCUUGCUCAAACUUUGGUUCAGAGAAUUACCAGACCCCUUAUUCCCUCAAUCAUCAUACCAGCAUUUCAUGAACGCAGCUAGAAUUGAAAACGACAGAAUGAGAGUGCUCGGUCUACACACCAUCAUCAAUGAUUUGCCAGACGCACAUUAUGCAACAUUGAAAUAUAUCAUGUGUCACCUUGACAAGGUUCAACAAUUGCAAGAGUUCAAUAAAAUGACAACAGCCAAUUUAUCGACCAUCUUUGGCAUGACACUGAUGGGUGGAGAUCAGGGCAGCAAUCAAUCCACCGUCUCUUCGCAGCAGGACAACCAAAGACUUGCUGACACACAUUGGCAUGUCAAGGUGGUUCAAACCAUCUUGGAAAACUAUCGCUUAAUCUUUGAGCCUGACGAAGAGCAAUGA